AAAAUACAAAAUGUUUGAGUUCAUGUGAGGCCAAGUUGACCUUCUGGAAAGAUGUCAGUAACAAUAAUACAAUUGCAAGAAAAAUAUCUCUACUUUUUUGAAAAAAAUAAUAAGAAAGAAGAAUAAAAUAGGAACUAUAGGUUAAAAAGAUACCUUUUCAAUGGUCAGGAAAAGGAAGCAGAAACAAUAGUAAAACGACGUCAGAUGACAAGACGUGGCCCACCUUUUUAACCAAAUCAAUCUUUGAAAAGUCAACCCUUUUGGUCGGUUCGCUUAUGUAUUUAUAUCAAAAAAUAAAAUAAAAAUUCAGGAAAUCAAUGAAUGAGAGUUUAAUACAAAAAAAAAAGUAUAAUAUAAAUCAUCUCAUCUCGCCGUUUCCGAUGUCAGGCAUGGAACAAGUAAUGAUUCACUCUUCGAGCUUUCUCCUCCCGUCGAUUCCCGCCGACGAAGCUUCAGCAUACGCUAUCGUCGUUCUUAACCAGAAGCUACCACGAUUCACUCCUCUUCUCUGGGAACAUGAGCAGCAAAACUCCGUCUUUGUGCUGAUGGAGGCGCUAAUCGCAUCUACGAUGAGUUACCUCUCUUCUUCCCUCACGAAGACGCUCUCCUCAUCCGUAACAGGUAUAAACCAGAUGUUAUCAAGGGAGAUAUGGACUCUAUUCGCCCUGAUGUCCUCAACUUUUAUGUAAGCUUGGGAACUAAAGUGAUAGAUGAAUCUCAUGAUCAAGACACCACUGAUCUUGAUAAAUGCAUCUUGUUUAUCCGUGACUCUACGCUGAAUCAAGAGAGUAGCAAACUCCAGAUUCUUGCUACAGGGGCACUCGGGGGAAGAUUUGAUCACGAAGCCGGUAAUCUCAACGUCUUGUAUCGAUAUCCAGACACUAGGAUAAUCCUUUUGUCUGAUGACUGCCUCAUCCAACUCCUUCCAAAGACUCAUCGACACGAGAUUCGAAUUCAGCCUUCUCUCCAAGGACCUCACUGUGGACUCAUCCCUAUCGGCGCUCCAUCUGCCAAAACCACAACCACAGGGCUUCAAUGGGAUCUCAACAACACUGAGAUGAGGUUUGGUGGAUUAGUAAGUACAUCGAAUAUGGUUAAAGGGGAGAAAAUCACAGUUGAAUCGGAUUCAGAUCUUUUGUGGACGAUAUCCAUCAAGAAACAAGACUCCACAAGACCUUAGGCGUGGGGUUAACAACAACAACGACACUUUACUAUUUUUUCUACGAUAUCUUUCAUACAUUGCACUACUUCAAUAUUAUUGUUGUCUUUUCACUCUAGCAUCAGGUAGGAAUAAGACUUGUUGGAUGUACCUGAUUACUUAGAUGCCGUUUUUUACGAGAUGAUUUCAAUGAUUUAGUCAUUGUGACUGGAUGA